CGCAACAUCACCGCCGCCGAGCCACGAAUAACGACAGAAAUGACCACAUAGACGAUUCAAGUAGCAGCCCGACCGGCUGUCGACCACACGACACUUUUCACCAUGCCUGUUCGCCGCAAAGAAGGCCGCUCCAAAUUCGGCGCCAACAAGUCGAAUACACUCAAAGCAGGCAAGGUGCGAGUGGUCGAUGCUUCGACCUUGCGAUCCUCCGAACAGACACAACAAAACGAACGUAUAGAAGCCACGAGACUUGCCCACAAAAUCGAUGAAGCGCAAGGAUUCGAGCGCUUCGAGGCGGGGAAAAGGCGCGUAGGAUGGCUCAUAAAUAUGCACAGUACCGCCAUUGAAGAUGAGAAAGUUCCUGGCGGGAGAGCUGCUGUGGACUUCUACUUCAUUGGCGACGAUGGGGAACAGUUCAAGGCGAGCGUCGAGUACCAGCCCUAUUUUCUCAUCGGCGUGAAGAAAGGGCGAGAGGCAGAAGUGGAAGAGUGGGUAAGAAGAGCCCAUGAGGGGCUAGUCAGAGGGGUGGAGAGGGUCGAGAAAGAGGACCUGAAGAUGCCAAAUCACCUGCUGGGCUAUCGAAGGACAUUCCUCAAAUUGACAUUCGCCAAUGUCACCGAUUUACUGGCUGUACGGCGCGUCCUACUGCCAAUCGCGGAGACGAAUAAGAGCAAAGUUUCAGCUAUGGACACAUACGCCGAGGUUGCGAGUGCCAAUGCGGGCUUUGAUCUGUUCGAGGAUCAUCACGAACCGGAACGAGACCGACGACCUGGUGGUAUUGCAGACGCAAGCGAUUUCAUACAGGACAUUCGAGAAUACGAUGUGCCUUACCACGUUCGAGUCGUCAUUGACUUGGACAUUCGGAUAGGGAAGUGGUACAACGUGGAGGCGAAGCAUGGACACAUUACAUUGAGCGGCCUGGAAGAUCGGUUAACACGAGCGGAUCCUGUGGUAAUGGCCUACGAUAUUGAGACGACAAAACUGCCGCUGAAGUUCCCGGAUGCAGCUAUCGACCAGAUCAUGAUGAUAUCGUACAUGAUUGAUGGGCAAGGUUUCUUGAUCACCAAUCGUGAAAUAGUCUCUGAAGACAUCGAGGACUUUGACUACACUCCGAAGCCUGAAUUCGAAGGACCUUUCAUGAUCUUCAAUGAGCCGAAUGAGGAAGCUGUAAUCGAGAGAUUCUUCAGCUGCAUCAAGGAAGCUCGACCCACAGUCAUGGUGACUUACAACGGAGAUUUCUUCGAUUGGCCUUUCGUGGAGGCACGAGCGAGUGUUCACGGGCUGGAUAUGUACCAAGAGAUCGGCUUUCGAAAAAACAGCGAAGACGUCUACCAAUCUACGCACUGCGCACAUAUGGACGCCUUUGCGUGGGUCAAUCGAGAUUCUUACCUGCCACAGGGAUCGCGAGGUCUGAAGGCUGUCACAGUUGCCAAGUUGGGCUACGAUCCGGACGAGCUGGACCCAGAACUCAUGACACCAUACGCGCAGGAACGGCCACAGACACUUGCAGAGUACUCCGUCUCUGAUGCCGUGGCAACUUAUUAUCUGUACAUGAAAUAUGUGCAUCCGUUCAUUUUCUCCCUCUGCACAAUCAUUCCGCUGGGACCAGACGACUGCCUUCGCAAAGGCACAGGAACUCUGUGUGAGAUGUUGCUCAUGGUGCAGGCAUACCAGAAAGGGAUUGUGCUCCCGAACAAGCACGUGCAACCUCGAGAGGCCUUCUGGGAAGGACAUCUGCUGGAUUCAGAGACCUAUGUUGGUGGCCACGUUGAGAGUAUCGAAUGCGGUGUGUUCCGAAGUGAUAUCCCGAACAAUUUUGCAAUUGACACCACAGCUAUCGAUGAGCUUUUGGACGGCCUGGACGCCGCAUUGCGUUUCACAAUCGAAGUCGAGGAGAAGAAGAAAUUUGAAGAUGUCGAGAACUAUGAUGAGAUCAAGGCGCAAAUCGUAGACCGACUAAUGCAGCUCAAGACGACACCCAACAGGAGCGAACGGCCACUGAUAUACCAUCUGGACGUCGCAUCCAUGUAUCCGAACAUCAUGACGACGAAUCGAUUACAGCCCGACAGCAUGAUUGACGAGGCGGAUUGUGCAGCCUGUGACUUCAAUCGGCCUGGGAAAACCUGUGACCGGCGAUUGCCUUGGUCGUGGAGAGGAGAGUUCUUGCCCGCGAAGCGCGACGAGUACAACAUGAUUCGACACGCGCUUGAGAACGAAAAGUUCCCUGGCAAAUUUGGCGCGAAUAGCGCUACUCGAGCAUUUCAAGAUCUGAGCCUUGAUGAACAGACUGGCCAUGUUCGCAAACGAUUGACGGACUACAGCAAAAAGAUUUACCACAAAAUCCACGAAACAAAGACCAUCGAACGGGAGGCCAUUAUCUGCCAACGCGAGAACCCGUUUUAUGUCCACACAGUCAGAGACUUCCGUGAUCGUCGAUACGAUUUCAAGGGCAAGCAGAAAGUAUGGAAGGGCAAAACUUCCGAGCUCGAAAAAUCUGGUGCAGCACAAAGUGAGAUCGAUGAAGCGAAGAAGAUGAUCAUUCUGUAUGACUCUUUGCAGCUUGCACACAAAGUCAUUCUGAACUCCUUCUACGGAUAUGUCAUGCGGAAGGGAUCACGAUGGUAUUCGCUCGAAAUGGCCGGUGUGACCUGCUUGACUGGUGCCCGUAUCAUCCAAAUGGCACGUCAGAUUGUUGAACGGGUUGGUCGACCAUUGGAGCUUGAUACUGAUGGUAUCUGGUGUAUCUUGCCUGCAACAUUCCCAGAGAACUUUGCGUUCAAGAUGAAGGGUGGGAAGAAACUGGCUAUUUCAUAUCCUUGCGCGAUGUUGAACCACCUUGUCCACGCCAAGUUCACCAAUCACCAGUACGAAGAGCUAGUGGAUCCCUCGAGUUUCAAGUAUGAAAAGCACAGCGACAACUCGAUCUUCUUCGAAGUUGACGGUCCAUACAAGGCCAUGAUCUUGCCUACGUCGAAAGAGGAGGACAAGAACUUGAAGAAGCGGUAUGCAGUGUUCAACGAUGAUGGCUCGCUUGCAGAGCUGAAAGGCUUCGAAGUCAAGCGAAGAGGAGAGCUCAGGCUGAUCAAGAUCUUUCAGCAGCAGAUUUUCAAGUUCUUCUUGGAAGGCAGUACACUCGCUGAGACGUAUGGCGCUGUUGCUAAAGUCGCGAACAAGUGGCUCGAUGUACUCUACUCGCACGGUAACAUGCUUGCAGACGAGGAGCUGAUCGACUUAAUUUGCGAGAACAAAAGCAUGACGAAGACACUUGAGGAGUAUGGUGCGCAGAAAUCUACUGCUAUCACCACAGCAAAGCGUCUGGCCGAGUUUCUGGGCGAGCAGAUGGUGAAGGACAAGGGUCUGAACUGCAAAUACAUCAUCUCGUCGCGGCCAAAGAACGCGCCCGUCACCGAGCGAGCAGUACCGGUUGCUAUUCUCUCUGCCGAGGACUCGAUCAAACGUUAUUAUCUGCGCAAAUGGUUGAAGGAGGAUCCUGGCUCCAUGGAUCCCAGAGACCUCAUCGACUGGGACUACUAUCUUGAGCGCCUCGGCUCUGUCAUUCAGAAACUCAUCACGAUUCCUGCCGCUUUGCAGAAGAUCAAGAAUCCUGUCCCUCGAGUUGCACAUCCAGAAUGGCUGAAUCGCAGAAUUGCUCAGAAAGAAGACAAGUUUCAACAGGUCAAAAUGACGGACAUGUUCCAGAAACAGCCGCUGAAGGAGCUGGAUGCUAACAGGCAGCCGUUGCGAUCAGGUGGCGAUCUGGAGGAUUUCGGCGCGACCCCGAUGUCAAAGCUCAAACCCGCAGCUGCUGCAAAGAUUGUCGCGAGCCAGAAGCGGAAAGUGAGAGACGAGCCAAUCGCGCCAGUCAAUCCAUUCGACAGCUUGCCUGAAGUCAUGCCGAGCAUCACGGAAGACUACGUUGGGUGGCUGAAGUAUCAGAAGAAAAAGUGGAAGAUCCAAAAGGCGGCCAGAAAGAGACGGCGACAACUCUUUGGUGAGAAGAGGCAAGACGCUACUGAUGCUAUUGGAACCUUCUUCCGAAAUCAAGCAGAACUACUGUACACCACAGAUUGGCAAGUGCUACAACUCCGAGAGACCGACUCGCCUGGAGAAGUCAGAGCAUUCGUGCUUAUUGACAAAAAGGUACACCAGCUGAAAGUUGUCGUGCCCCGACAAGUAUAUCUCAACCUGAAAGAGGACGACCUACCUGACGUUUCCGUCGAUGGUGUGAAAGCCGAGAAGAUCGUCAACCACACCUUGCCCAACGGCCAUCCUAGCACGCACCUGUUCAAGCUCACUAUGCCUGAGCAAGUUUACGUCAAGGAGAUUGAGAAGCUAUCGAUGCUUUUCAAUCACUCCAGCGUAGAGGGUGUGUACGAGCGGCAGGUGCCUCUUGAUGUGCGUGCGAUGCUUGAGCUAGGAUGUGUCUGCACAUUCGACGAGAGCCAACGAGGUGUCCUGGGCAAAGGUUUGGAGCAGGGUUUCGAUUUGUCGACACUACGCACGGUGCCACCAAAAAAGCCAUAUAUGGCUUCUGCGAAUUUCAGCUACCUGGCUCUGUACCACAUUUCAGCUGGGGAUAGACAGAUAUAUGCUCUGUUCUCGUCAACGAAAGCAGACGUAAAGAUCAUUGUACUCAACCGGGCACGUAGUGAGCAGGGGAUGCCAAAUGUGGAUCGCAUCUACGAAGAAAUGCUCGCUCGCAAGCUUGAGCAGACCGGUGGUCAACCUUGGCAGACGACCAUUGAGUACCAAGAGAGCUUGCACUUCAAGACAGUUCAGGUGACAACGCAACGACGGGCGUUGCAAGAACUCGGAGACGCCGUCAAGAAGAUGCAGAAAGAAGAGACUUUGCCAAUCAUGCUGGUGCUACAAUCGCAUUCCGCGACGAUGCUGAUGCAUGAUCUGCCGAUUCUGCAGAACAUCCCAUCACUAAGACUGAAGCCCGAUGAGACUGACAAACAACUUCCCCCUCUGGGGUGGCAAUCAUUCGUUGCGAAGAGACUGGUCAACCACUACCUCGAUCUCGGCUCCUGGGUGAAUCAUUUACUGGAAUUCGCUCGUUAUGGGAAUGUGCCGCUCUGCAACCUCGAAGUCGACGAACCCCGUUUCCUGAUCGACAUUGCAUACGCGCGCCGCUUGCAGAAGGAAAAAGUUGUGCUCUGGUGGUCACACGAUGCAAGACCCGACCAUGCUGGCCAUGAAAAAGACGACAUUUUGGGUGGAAUGGAAGUCGUGGAGAUGCCUUCUGUCAACAAUCCUGGCACCUACUCAUCAGUGUGCAUUGAUCUCAGUGUCAAGAACUUGGCGAUCAACACGAUCCUGUCUUCUGCUGUCCUGAAUGAGGCAGAGGGUGCAGGAGGAGAUCCAUUAGGCGUCUCUGCUGCUGGAGCACAAGAAGAUGCCUUGGACGAAACUUCGCAUACGAUCCAGUCAGAAAAUGCCUUCGCCUCCGCGGGCAUCAAUGCGCUUCGUGAGAUGGUCCGCUCAUGGUGGUCGGAGGCUUGCGACGCUGGUGGAAGCAGUAUGGCCGAUGUGCUAGUGCAGCAUCUUGUACGGUGGGUCGAAUCACCAUCUUCUCGUCUUUACGACCGGAACCUGCACUACUAUGUGCAAGUCAUGUCUCGGAAGGCGUUCCAACAGCUCAUGUCUGAGUUCCGACGGGUUGGCUCUCACGUUGUGUUCGCGAAUGCUGGUCGAUUACUUCUGCAGACCAGUAAGGCAGAAGUUGGGAAUGCGUAUGCAUACAGCCAAUACAUCCUCAAGACGAUCUCGACCAAGCCGGCUUUCCACUUUCUGGAUUUGGCCAUCACGGAAUACUGGGACUUUCUUGCUUGGUAUGAUGAAUUCAACUAUGGCGGUAAGGGUUGCGUGCAGGUGGUGGAGGAAGAUGAGCAGACGCUUGACACGAUCAUGCACUGGCAAAUUGCCACUUUCCUGCCGUCGAUCCUUCAGCCUGUGUUCAAUCAAUGGGUUGUCGAAUACAUUGAGCUCAUGCACGGCCGCAAGCGACCGGCUGGAAUCACCAACGGUGCGAUUCCAAGGGCUACUCAACUGCCCAUCCACGCGAGCAUUUUCAACUCCGAGAAGGAUGACCAGACCACGCCAGGCACGGUUUUGCAGAAGAGCUUCUCGAAACCACUGUUGAAACAGAUCCAGCAAUUGAUCAAGCGACAACGCACUGAGGCCUUGCACGAAGAACUCUUGAGUGAUUGGACGUUCCCAACAAUGCCAGGCUCACACCUGAACCCGCAGAACCCUGCCCUCGAGCUCGUGAAAAGCCUCAUGCAAGUCCUGUCUCUCGACAAAACUAUCACGCUCGAGGCGCGUCUACUGCGCAAAGACCUACUCCACCUUUUCGAUAUUCGAGAGUUCUCAUCCGAAGGAAGUUUCACCAAUCCCAGCAGUAGUCUCUGUCUGAAACAGCUAUCGUGUCCUGAAUGCUGCGUCCCCAGAGACAUCGAUUUAUGCCGCGAUGUCGAUCUCAGUGUGCCUUCAUCCUCUGCGAAUGAAGUCACCCUGGCACCCAAUUGCGAAAACUGUUCGAAUGUCUUCUCCCGACUCGUUAUCGAAGAGCGUUUACUCGCGGAUGUCAGCAAGUUGAGCCUGCAAUGGAUGAGCCAGGAUUUGAAGUGUAAGAAGUGUGCAAGAAUCCGGACGAAUGAGUUCAUGGAGCACUGUGCUUGCGCAGGAGAGUGGGUGGGAACAGUCGAUAAAGGGAGGAUCGUGAAGGAGCUGAGGGUUUACGAGAACGUGGCUAAUUACUAUGGGUUGAGGAUGUUGGAGGAUGUGGUGAAAGGAUUCAAAAGUGGAAUCUGAGGAGCUAUGAGUCGAUGAUCAAUGGAUAUGAACGGUUCAUGGUAGGGUGUGGGAUUGCAUUGCGUGGAAUUGCUUGCACAGUGGAUUUGCAGUCGGCAUGGCGAGG